AACGCGGUCUGGAAACACGUGACCGGGCUUUGUGGAAGCUACGCUUCAUAAGUGUGAAGACAGAGAGAAAUAGAUUGGAGAGACGCUGGAGGCGGCAGCAGCAGCAGUAGCAGCAGGAGGAGCAGGAACAGCAACCUGUUUCCACAAAGCAGGAGCGCACUCCAAGAGCGAAAAGGCACUUCUGCAGACAACCGAAAAACUUAACUUGCGCAGAGAAUUUGAAAAGCAAACUAAUUAUUAUGAUAAAAGUGACGAUUUGCGUUUAAAGCGUUCACGGUGGUUGUCUCUCCUUUUAUGUAAGAUCUGAGUUGGUUGGAGGAUGCGUUUCUGACUUGGACUAACGCGCGGUGAAAAAGGGCGAUUCUGUGCACUUGGGAAAAUUAUGUAAGGUUGUCCAGACAUCUUAGACUGCAGUAUAACCCUCAGACGCAGCCAUGAAAUCUGUGCUGGAUGGUGUGGCAGACACCACCUUUCGGACUAUUACAUCUGGUUUGCAGUAUCUGGGCUCCAACGAUGCUAACUAUGACGACCCGAUCAGUGAUGUAGACUUCAAGGGCAGCUUCUCUCUGCAGAAGCCGUUAUCUGCUUUCCGCAGCAACUCUUUCCCAAACAAAGUACCUCCAGACGAGGAGCUCAUCCUCAAGGGCAUCCCCUUCUACCCUACCAAUGCCACAGACUUGUUUGGCAACAGGAGUACAUUCAAAGAUGAGACUAACAAUAUACAGUGUGGGGAGAACUUUAUGGACAUGGAGUGUUUCAUGAUCCUGACUCCUAGCCAGCAGCUGGCUGUGGCUGUGAUGUCUCUGACCCUGGGCACCUUCACUGUUCUGGAAAACCUGGUGGUGCUCUGCGUCAUCCUGCAGUCCCGCACCCUCCGCUGUCGACCGUCCUACCAUUUCAUCGGCAGUCUUGCUGUGGCUGACCUGCUGGGCAGUGUUAUCUUUGUCUACAGCUUUUUGGACUUCCAUGUUUUCCACAGGAAGGACAGCCCCAAUGUUUUUCUCUUCAAGCUGGGUGGAGUCACGGCAUCGUUCACAGCGUCAGUAGGGAGCCUUUUCCUCACUGCUAUUGACCGCUACAUCUCAAUUCACCGGCCACUCGCCUACAGGCGCAUUGUGACACGGACCAAGGCUGUCAUAGCCUUCUGUAUGAUGUGGACAAUCUCCAUCGUCAUCGCAGUGCUACCUCUGCUGGGCUGGAACUGUAAGCGUCUCAAUUCUGUUUGCUCAGACAUAUUCCCCCUCAUCGAUGAGAACUACCUGAUGUUCUGGAUCGGUGUAACCAGCGUGCUGCUUAUUUUCAUUAUCUACGCCUACAUAUAUAUCCUGUGGAAAGCUCAUCACCAUGCUGUCCGCAUGCUGAGCCGUGCCUCCCAGAAGAGCCUUGUUGUCUAUUCAGCAGAUGGGACCAAAGUGCAGACCACACGCCCUGAUCAGGCACGCAUGGACAUCCGUCUGGCCAAGACCCUGGUGCUUAUCCUGGUGGUGCUGGUAAUCUGCUGGGGUCCAUUGCUUGCCAUCAUGGUCUAUGACCUCUUCUGGAGGAUGGACGAUGACAUCAAGACAGUGUUUGCAUUUUGCAGCAUGCUCUGCCUGCUCAACUCCACUGUCAACCCAAUCAUCUACGCCUUGAGGAGCAAGGACCUGAGGCAUGCUUUCCUCAGCUCCUGCAAUGCCUGCAGGGGCAGUGGCCAGCAGUUGGACAAUAGCCUUGAGUCAGACUGCCAGAACAGACAUACCCACAUUUCUGCCAACAGGGCUGCAGAGAGUUGCGUGAAGACCACUGUGAAAAUAGCCAAAGUAACAAUGUCUGUAUCAACUGAAACUUCUGCAGAAGCUGUCUAAUUGGCCAUGACGGGGAAAACUGUGUAAAUGUCAUCUCUCCCCUCCCCAAACAAUGCCAUUCCACAACGUAAAGCAGAGGUUAGGCAUUCAUCUCCCGAAAAUUCCGACUUACAUCCUCACGUAGAUGCUUUAGUGGUUGCAUAAUUUACGUUUGUGUAUGAGUACAUAGUGUGCCAAAGUGCCAAAUGGUAUUGCAAGGUCAUGUAAAGGACUCAUAUAACUGGAAGGGGUCAUUAAAGACUAUCAUAAGUCUGCUGUUUACCAGAGACUUCAUGAUAUCCAAUUAGUGAAGGCAUAUUAUAUUUUUGUACUGUGAAUUCAGGUUUUGAAAACAAUAUUUCAUUUAUGGGAUAAGGGGCUACUGACAUUUUUAAGUAGAGAUGUUUUACUGUGUCAUUUAGACUUUAACACGUCUUGCACCAUAAAAGUACGAAAUCCUCGCAUCUUGACUUUCUACAGGCUCCAUGUACAUGUUGCAUAUCGACAUUUCUAUAAGCAAAUAGAAGGAAAAAAACAAGUUUAAUUGAUGCAAACUGUCUUUGCCAUAUAACAUGUUACUUUUGUACUUCUGACAACACUCAGUGAGUGGCAAACGUGUGAGGAGAUUUUUGAGAAAUCAAAGGUGGUUUGUGUUCCAAGACAGAAAACAUUAUCGCCAUAAUGAAGCAAACUCUAAGGCAAAUAGAUUCACAGCUUUUGGCAUCGUGAAAUCUGAAAUGGCAUCUUCCGCAGGAGAGUGACUGUCCCCGAUGUCUGUUUCUUUACUCGCUGGCUGUUACACCCUCAGAGUAAUGUGUCUUUGUUCCGAUGUAUACCUAACAACUGUACAGUGUUUUCUUGCAAAAUAAAGUGUUCAGAUUGACUCAUUCAACUACAAAGCCGAGACAACAAUAACAAAAAAGCUUUUGUUCGAGGCUUGAACAGCUCAAAAACUGAAUUUGGACGCAGUGUGCUGGUCACUACUGUAAGAAACUGACUCUAGCUGCUUUCAUCAAAUGUAUGAUUUUACUGGAUUCAGCCUUGUACGUGUGUGAUACCUUGUGACUUGGUGAUAUGUUUCCAGUCCUGAACCUUUUGAUCAUUGCAGUGAGGUGUUUUAGUGCUACUGUUGCAGCGGGGCAUCAUGUUGGAAAAUAACCCAUGCACGGGGCUAGUGAAGUAGUUUUGGCGUAACUCUACAUUUAAAAAAAAAAGUCUACUUUUAUUUUAUGUAUGAAAACAAAGAAACUAAGGUCUUUUCAUUAGCUGGUACUUUGAAUGAGAGUUUUUGUGUAUGCGUUCUGUGGAGCAUUGACAACUGACCUUACAAAAGAAGCUCAGAAGAUGUGAUUUUUCUAAUAGGUGAUGUAGUACUUUUAAUCUAGAAAUCUCACAGCACAAUUGUUCUGUAGACAUUUAUCUCGGUGUAAACUUAUCCAGACAGCUGUUUAUCAGUAUGCUUUGCUGCCUCUUGUAAUUUUGAGUAUUGAAGAUCAAAAUGUCAACUGUCAAGUGGCUUCUGUACAUUGGUGGCAUAAUGAGGAAUGACUUUAAAAAUCCCAAUCAGUCAAGUGUUUUUAGUAUUGCUGUUCUCAAACUUUUGAAUAAAGUCGCAGC